CAAUAAGAUAAAAUAAUAAGCUUAUCUUAUAAUAAUAAGAUUAUUGCAUUAAAAUAAUUCAUUCGUUUUAAAUAAAGGUCAUUUUUCUUAGAAUAGUCAGAUAGUUUUCAACUCAGAUAUUUUGAAACAUGAGCGUACAAACGACUAUUCCAUUUCGGAUACGAAAGAAGAAUUUUUAUUCGAGUAAAGAUAAUACUCCGAAGAUAGAUUUUAGCAAUGCAUCACUGAGAAGCACUCCGACAACAAGGUACACACCAACUGUCAAAAAAAUGGUUGAUAUAAGCAGCGAAUCCGAAUCAAAUUCAGACGAGGAAAAUAUCGGUACGAAUAAUAAUAAUAUAAGAAAAACUCCAAAACGAACUAGAAGAAAGUCUAAUGGAAAAGAUGAGACCGGUUCGACUCCGCCUAAACAAAUAAAAUCUAUUUCCCCAAUAACACCGUGUAAUUUAUUAAACCAAUUGAGUUUGCUGUCUCCGACAACAAAGCAAGAUAAGUUAGCUCCAAAAAAGUUGUUUAAUAAUAACAAAUACAGCGAAGCUCGUAAGGCUUUACAUGGUUCAUUACCAGAUAAUUUGAUAGGCAGAGAAGUCGAAUUGACCAAAUUAGAAGAUUUUUUACAAGACCAUUUAGAUAAAAGAUCAUCGAGCUCUCUUUACGUGUCUGGUCUUCCAGGUACAGGGAAAACUGCUAGUCUGUCUAAUAUUAUAUCGAAAUCAAAAUUUAAAAAUGCAUUUAAAAUUAUUUAUGUUAAUUGUACUACUAUGAAGUCAGCAUCUACUAUUUAUUCCAAAAUUAUUGAAGAAUUAAAUUUAAAUAAUCAAAGACCCAUUAAAAAUAAGAAAGAUACUAUUGAAAAAUAUCUAACUCAGCCACACAAAAUGUUAUUAUUGGUACUCGAUGAAAUGGACCAACUGGAAACAAAAAAUCAAUCUGUACUUUAUUCUAUAUUCGAGUGGCCAUCGAUACCCCAAUCUAAACUUGUAUUAGUUGGGAUUGCUAAUGCUUUGGACUUAACUGACAGAAUAUUACCAAGAUUACAAUCGAGAUGUGAACUCAAGCCAAAUUUAUUGCACUUCAAACCUUAUUCAAAACAACAAAUUAUGGAUAUUUUAACACAAAGAUUAAAAGAAGCUAACGUAUUGGAUGUUUUUUCUGAUACUGCAAUGCAAUUUUUAGCAGGAAAAGUAGCGGCUAUUUCUGGCGACAUUAGAAGAGCUUUGGACAUUGGGAGAAGAAUUGUGGAAAUUGCAGAGUCACAAAAAAUGAUGCAAAUACUUCAACCUACUAAUGAAAAUGAUAAUAUAAAAAAGGGUCAAGUAAGCGAUGAAGAAAAUAGAGUAGAUUUUAAAGAUGUUCGCAUAAUUCUUAAUAGAGUAUACGGUGGCUCACAAAAUGCAGAUAACGAAGAGCAUAGUUUUCCAAUACAACAAAAGAUUCUCCUCUGUUCGUUAAUGCUUAUCUUAAAUAAAGGAAAACAUAAAGAUAUCAAUAUUGGAAGGUUAUAUCAAGUUUAUAGAAAAGUUUGUAAACCAAGAAAAAUCGUUGCAGUUGACAUGUCAGAAUUUGUAUGCUUAUGUACAUUAAUUGAAACACGAGGUAUUAUAAAACUAAUAAUGAAGAAAGAAGCUCGAUUAUCCAAAGUAAGUUUACAAUGGGAUCAAGAAGUACUGACUGCAGCAUUGCAAGAUAAAGAUCUCACAUCCGAUAUUAUAAAUGACAUUUCUUGUUUAUAAAUAUACCAUUCAUUUUUAU